AUGAGGACUACGGUCCUGUGGGGCCUGAUGGUUCUGCUGUGUCAGCACACACUAGUUAGCAGUCACAUACUGGGGAGGCCCUCUUCUGCCAGUGACCUGGCUCAACUCAAGUCUUUACUGGAGCACUUUGAGGAGACUCUGGAUGAAGUAGCCACGCAGGAGGACUCUGUUGCUGAUUAUGAAGGAACAAACCAAGAGCCUGAGCAUAACCAGGCCAGCCGAGGAUGGAGCCUGUACCAGGAGGGGGAUCAAGGACCUUUGACAUCAGAAAGAUCUCAAUCACCAAUUGAGGGCCACAGCAGGACUGUGAGUCAGAGGAGCCGUCUGCAGGAUCUGCUGAUGACCAACAGGAAACGGGCCUCUAGCUGCUUUGGAGCCAGGAUGGAUCGAAUAGGAAAUGCCAGUGGUCUGGGAUGCAACAAUGGAAGAGGGUAG